GGACCAGAAAAAUAACAGGCGCUUUAGCGCUUUUAGCAUCUGCUUUAUUUUGAUGUUAACCGACUUGGAAAUUAAAUCCUAGGUGAAAUUAAUUAACAACUAAUUUCGGAAACAUUCAACAGACAUUAUAAAUCAACUCAACACAUUUUGUUAUUUUGUAAUAGCAUGGUUUGCCAAUCGUUACAAAAAAUAACAUCAAACUAUCCGAAAUCUAUCUAACGGACGAGCUGAAAAGACAUAAGGCGGUUCCUGACUGUUGACUGAAGGAUACUAAGGUAACGUAAAAACUAUUCGUAUUUCGCCACCACAAUGUCUGCUGGCUUGUGGCACAGUGGAGGCUUGGUAUGUCUGAUAGCUCUCAUCACCGCACCACUUGACGUGCUAAGCCAGAAAACAGCGAAAACUAAUCCUUUGAUCGAAAUUGACAAAAGAUUGCAUGAGACAGAGAUUCGCACUGAAUCUGCUGUGUCAGAACUGCGCAAUGUUAAUCAGGAAAUGGCAACACUUGGUGACCAAGUAUCCCAGCUCAGCGACACAAUUUCCAAACAACAUAGUUGCAAUUGUGACGAGCUGACGUCUCUAAUAGAAUCCACACAGCAGCAAUGUAAGUCGAGAUUCAAGGAGCUGGCCGGGCAGGUCAAAGAACAGGAGAGUGAAGUUGAAGACAGGCUUAACCAGAUGCUCGAGACUCAGCUUCAGGUCGUGGAAAGCAGAAUUAACUCCUCUCACAACGAAAUGUCCGCUCAAAUCACCUCAAUAAAUAGCAUGCUUGAGUCAUCAAUCCAGGAAUUAACAUUUCAAGUCAAAACCGUUAGAGGAAAACUUGAGCAUUAUAUUGGGAGGGUACAAAAACAAUUGUAUGCCCACGAACGCAAACUCAGCUCCAGAAUUGAUGAGCUGGAAUCUGAACUGGAGAAACAGGUUGAUCAGCAGAGCGACCGUCCGGACAACGCGUCAGCACUCAACGAGCUGACUUCUCGUCUGGACGAGUUGUUUUCUCGUCUGGACGAGUUAUCAUCGCGAGUGGACGGGCUGGGUAACAGCUCGGGACCGGCGGCUGAGACUGCGCUGCCGCGCGACUGUAGCGACCUGCCGGCCCACUCACCAAGUGGGGUGUACCGCCUGGCGCUGGGCCUGCCCGGCAUCCACAGCCAGCCGGCCGUGCAGGCCUUCUGCGACCUGGAGCGGGACGGCGGCGGGUGGACGGUGAUCCAGCGGCGCGCUCUCAUCAAGCCGCUGCUGGGGUUCAACCGCGGCUGGGCAGAGUACAAGACGGGCUUCGGCCAGCCGCACGGAGAGUUCUGGUGGGGGCUGGAGAACAUGUUCCAGAUGACGGGCCCGACAGACCGACAGUACGAGCUGCGGGUGAACCUGGCAGACUCCAAGGGUAACCGGCGCCACGCCAUCUACGGCCACUUCAGAGUGGAUAACGAGGCCAAUGGGUACCGGCUCUCCAUCGGCAACUACACCGGCGACGCGGGAGACAGUCUCAUGUACCACAAUGACUGCAUGUUCAGCACCCCAGACAAAGAUCAGGACAUGGCCAAGAGGAUUCAUUGCGGCCGCAAAUUCCGGACAGGCUGGUGGUACAGAGCCUGCCAGAGCGCCAAUCUAAACGGACAGCAUCGCUACAACAGACAGACCAAGUACCGGCGCACCACUUGGAACAAAUGGCCAGGCGUAAAUUACUACAUUCCAGAAGUUGAGAUGAAGAUCAGACCCAUAAAAACUACCUUGAGCGAGACAACAGCAAGGUAAAAUAUCGUCAUACUUGCGCGCCGAUACCAAUGAACAGACAUAAAGAAAUGAACAACGGUUAUUAUUUGGUAUUAGCACUUCAAACAAAAACUCCUUCCACAAAUACAUACUUAUAUCGUU